AUGAAACUCAUAAUUCUCGCCAUUAUCUUUGCUUUUUCGACCUUACUGCUCACGACAACUCCCGUGAAAGCUUGUGAGGCUAGUUGUCAAAACGGCAUCAGUAAGGCCUUCUCUGACGCCUAUUCGAUAGAAAUAGACAAAAUCUAUUCAAAUUACAUAGCCGACCUCAAAAAUUCUUCUUCCCUAUUCGAUGGAUUUAAAGCCCAUACAACGUUAAAGAAGGAAACCAUAGAUGCCAUUGUUACGGCCGUCACUGAUCAGGGGAAAAGUUUUGAAAGUGGCUUGACUGAUUUGGUAAAAAAUUCAAUCUUCAAUGAAAAACCUCAAUUCAAGGGUCAAUGUCAGAAUCCGCUGAGAGUAACACAACCGCCCGCAGGCGUCAAUUGGACCCUUUCUGACUGUGAAAAGCAAGAUUACAUCUGUGGAAAUCCUCCGGCCAUAUGUCAUUUCAUGAGCACGAUCGUAAAACCAAGAAUUGUGAGCGAUAUUGACAAUUCCUUUUCGAAGGUAGUAAGUUCAGAUGACUUUUUGAAUUCCAUUUCGGCUGCAAUUGGGAAGGUCGCUAGCAAUGAAGGAUUGAGCGGAAGUGAUUUGGAAUCCUAUGUUGAUCACGUCACCGAUAACUUCAAGGAUACUAUACAAGGGUUUGAAUCUAGUUUUGUCGGGGAAUUUUGCAAAGUCACCGAUAAUAAGAAAAAUGAAACCGCAUGUGACAAAUAUGACAGUGAUAUUAAAUUACUCUUACUGUCAUUCCCUUAG